AUGCGGAUCACUAGAAAGCCUGGGGAGAGGUACUGUGCAGACUGUGUUCAAGAGCAACUUGACCGGAAUGAUAAAAAGGCAUGGGAGGCUGCUCACAGUUGGGCUGCUGUUGGCUACAACUUCAAGACGCCUCUCUACUUUCACAAGAUACCCAGCAACAAAAAUGGGAAGAUGACCCUUACUGUCUACCGCAACGAGAUCCUUGAGAAGAUAGUCAAGCCCUGGCUCAAGCGUCAUCAAUCACCAUUCAUCCUUGAAGAAGGCAACGACAGUGGACAUGGUCGGGGGUCUCAGAGUAAUAUUGUUGCAAAGUGGAAGAGCAAAAAUUACCUAGAUUGUUACUUCAACUACCCAUCAUCUCCUGAUCUUUCACCCAUAGAGAACUGCUAG